AUGGCCGACUCGGAUAGCAGCGACCUGUCUGAACACUCCGACAAGGAGAUCCAAACACUUGCGCCGAUAUUCCUGAAAGCGAAGAAGGCCACCAAACUUGUAGCACCACCCCCCGUCGUCUCGCCGCCAAAGCCCAAGAGACCCCCUUCACCACCACACGAAGAGGCGCUGGCAGAUCAUGGAGCGAUCGCAUUCCUCGUCAUGUUCCGCUCGCGCUUCAACGACGCGUUCCCUUCGAAACUUCCUCACUACGGACCGCAGGAUAUUGAGAAUGGGGUCGUGGACACCGCGCCGAGCACAGAGGUGCAACAGUUGCUAUGCGCGCUGCUGGGGUUGGUGUUGAAUCGCAAGAAGCCGGUUGAGCGCGGACAUCACGGGCGAGCACUUGAAGAAGCCAUCUCAUCGCAGAAGUCGCAAUGGCCAUAUCGGUGGCGCGGAGUCAACCCGAUCCAUGGCGGCAAGACCUUCGAGAACAUGCUGCCAACUGAGAGGCUCGACCUCCUCCAGACCCUCGUCAUGUGGGCCCUCACUUCGUCUGAAGCGAUCCAGGCUACCAUCAAAGAGAAGUACAAGCAGCAGAGACAUGGCGAUGACGAGAACCAGCCGCUAUCGGUGCAGCCAUGGGGCGUGGACGCCGACAAGAGGAGGUACUUUCUGAUCCAAGGACUGGAAGAUACCAGCUUUCGGGUCUAUCGCGAAGGCUCGAGAUAUACCAAGAAUGCACAUUGGUGGAAUCAAGCAGGCACGAUCGACGAGGUUAAGGCGUUGGCGACGAAGCUGCAAGAGGUCGACGGCUCGCAGGCUGCCAGGAGGUUGGCUCAGCGAAUCUCGAAUGCCAUACCCACGUUCGAGGCUACUGAAGAGAAGCGACACCGCCGAGAGUAUCGCCGACAGCAAAGGCAGCGCUUCACGCGCCCCGAACCAGGCUUCUCGCUCUAUGAAGGACGGACUCGCGGCAAGCGUAUGCGGUACACUUACGACGACGAUGAAGCUGGCGACUCCGACGCCACCUCCACCAGACGAUCUGCUCGGCAGUCGACGCGCAACACACCCUUCGAAGCUGGACCUACCAUGACCUCGAGCGGGCGUCAAAUCAGGCAGCCCAGGACUGGUACUUACGGCGAGAGCCUUCUAGGAGCGCCGCCAAUGAGCACAGACGAGUUGACGCCAGGCUACAGCGAUCCGGAGCAAGUGAUGUCUAGAGGCAGGACAGGCCGCUCAACACGCUCAGGCACUGAAGAUUCAGAGCAGCCAGUCGGCCGCGGAAGGCCUACGAGGUCCGGUGUGAACGGUAUCAGCAAUCCUCGGAAGCGCGCGUACAACGACAUCGAUGGGCUGAGCGACGAAGACGACGCGGAGCCGAGUGGCGAUGAGUGGGAUAGCGACAAGAACGAUGAAGGGGACGAGAACAUGCCAGACGUUGGCGACGCAGACGACGACAUGAGCGACGCGGUGGAUGACGAGUCCGCCGAUGAAGAGCGCAGCUUGGUCGUGAAGCUCAGAGUGUCGCCCCAGGCAAUGCUUCAGGCGGGUUCAGGCGUGCCAGCAGCAGCAGCGCAGAAUGGAUCCAUCACCCCUGCCAGCGCGGCGGACGACACGACCAAGGCUGGUGCAUUGAAGGAUGAGGCGCUUGUUCCGGAUGAGAAGCCUUCCGCCAGCACCAACGGCGCAUUACAGCCGAACUCGUCACCAACCGGGCCCUCCUCGUAUCCUACCCCCACAUCCGCGGCCUUUGUGUCCAAAGACCAAAAGCCUGUGGUGGCAACUGCGUCGCACACUUUGCCAGGCAACGCAAGCUUCCCUGUGAUGCACGGCGAGAACGGAGAAGGCGUACCAGGGGCGAUGGGAAGCGAGAGAGCCGAUGCGAAUCCAGGAGUCAACGGCGUCUGA